UCAGGAGUUGUGAUGACAGAUUUACAUCGAGCGAUCCGUAAAUUCAAUAACGGAGUAUCUAUGAAUAGCAAGUUGGAUGGUCUCUCCACAAUAUGUACUAGUUUAGAUCCUUCUACUUUUCCUGAGAGUCCCCCUCACGAGGCGGCUCGGAAAGUAUUUUUGAAAGUCUUGGAGAAGGACCUAAAGAUCGUUGACACGCUGUGUGAGUUCCUAGAGGAAGAACAUAUCAGAGACCCUAAUGACGGUGACAAACGAAUUCACUGGUUGCUGGCAACCAUUUACUUCAUUUCAUGGAAUCUUCAGGGCUCUAGGUUCAAUGGACGUUUAAUAGAUAAUGGGUUCAUUCCUAAGCUCCUGCAGAUCGCUCCUGAGCUAAAAGAAGAAGACCCCCAAUUUUGGACUUUUAUGAUUCUUGGUCGGGUUAUUCGCUGCAACUUUAAAUCCUCUGCUUAUUCAGAGAGGAGUAUAUUUAUAAAGGAUGCUAUAUUUUCAAAGAUGGCUAUUUUCAUAGAUAUUGCUGAAAAAGCUAAUUUCAAAACUCUGUUGGUGAGAAGAGCAACAGAGCUUUUCAUAAACUACUUGAAUACUGAAGAAUGGCAGUACUACAAAUCAACCGUUAAGUCUCUUUUGGAAGAUGGUACAUUGUUUAGGUUCACUAAAAUGUUUUGUGAUAUGAGUCACGACAGACAGUUCAUUGACAUGUACAUAAAUCUUCUGAUUAGAGCAUUCUCUUACAUAUCGACUUGUGUUGAAUAUACGCCAUACAGAUAUAAACUGCAGCAAGUCGAGAUGCGAUUAUUAAAUCGAAUGGCAAUCAAACAUUUUCCAACUUUGUCCAAAGACCUUUCAGGCUCUGCAUUGAGAAUUACGGCGUGCACGAUUAGGAAGUUGGUGAGGCUCGGUGACAAGGAGGAUAUUCGAUUCUUCACCGAAAACAAAGUUUUCAAAAAGAUGUCUGCCGUAUUUGUGUCUGAGCUAAGCUCUAGAAAUGCUGAUUCUUCUAAACUGACUGACAUAAUCAUGUGCCUUAUUGCUGUGGGGCCGUCUUCAACUAUCAUCCAAAAUCAAGAUCCUAUGUCACUGAAAGAUGUCCGUGUUAUCCUACCACAUCUACCUAGUAUGGUGGACUGUAAAAAGCAUACUGCUAUACCAGCUCCAUUUCUUCAAAAUCGAAUAUUGUUGGCAUCGAACAUUAUAACAAGUGAAAAUCUACUCAAAGAUGAACAUUUUACUCAACUCAAAUCAGCGAACAUACUUGCUUUGCUAGUGGAGACAGUAAAAGUAUAUCACGGUAAGAAUCCUAUGGUAGAACAGUUAGCUAUGACGUUAUUGAUGUGGUGCAUUGCUCCCCAACAUUUGACCUGCAGGUUGACGCUGGAAGAGAUUGAUCAGAUCCUACCUGUUAUUCCUCUGUGUAUGGAUGUCCUUACAGGUAAAGAUGAGCUUAUAUCACUUCAUUCUGUUACUCCAAUAUGUGGGUUUCUUGUGACAAACUUGUCACGCAUUAAAGAAGACCGAACCUGUUCUAUCAGGCCACAAUUAGAUUAUCUCAAAAAGUCUAAUUUUGUGUCCGGCGUUUGCCAAGGUCUCAUUCGGACUGACAUUUCAGCAAUCAUAUUCCAACUCAUGUAUGUCCUGGAUAGAUUUGAACAAUUAUUUGACAAUAGAGAAUUCAUGAAAGAAUUGGUUGAUUUGUUACCUGAAAUAGCGGAAAAACAGCACCGCUUUUUGGAGGUUGGUGAUUCAUUCGAGCAGUCAACAGCAUUUAUGUCAGUGUGUGUUUCAAUAAUGAAGAAGGCUGCAGCAUAUGUUUUGGAUUAUCUUGAUCCCGCCUUUGUCGAGGAUGUAAUCGCUGAUCAAGUGAUAGCUGGCUGGACAAACUUUAGAAUAUUUGGAGAUAGGAUGUUCUUCUCGUCGGACUGUUUUGAAACUGAGGAGAAUUUUGAACAGCUGGACUUGUGCGACGAAUCCUUCAUUGACACUCUUCGAGCAACUUGGUGUUUAAUUGGUAAGUAUCCAGAAGUAGUUAAUGAUAAACUACCUGCUGUACCCAAUCUCUUGUUUAUAGCCCAUCCUCCUGACAAAGAUAUAACAGCUCUGACCUCUACAAGAAUCAUAAAAACAAUCAUUUCCUACCUCGACCAUUCACAGAAUAAGAGCCUGUCUUUUUUGAUAGAGCUGACUGCAUUUGUUAAAGACUUGUCUCAUGAUUCAGUUAGUUCUGAGGAAAACAAAGUUUUGUUUCGUGACUUGAUGCCGGCCUGUAAACGGUUUCUGGAUGUUAACAGCAACAAGGUGUUUGUGGAGAAUUUGAUGUAUUUCAUUGAUGUAAACCAGGGUGUACUGUGUGACGGCUAUAUUCUUGAUUAAUUGGUACAUUUUUAACGACACUCAUACUGUUUAACCAUUAACCUUGCUCAUAAUCAAAGAAUUGAUUGGUUCCUAAAAUUCUGUUUGAAUAAAAUGAGUUAUGAAUAAUGCAUGUGAUAGAUUUCAAGUUUUCAUUUUCAACAAUUAAAUUUAAAAUCACUUAAGUUGACAUUUUGAGUUGCUAAUCCUAGCCCUAGGGGACCACACGGCACACCCAUAUUUUAUAUUAUAAUGUGUGUAUGAGGGAAAUUUGUGACUUGAGGCCUAAUGACCUAUUUAACUUGAUUCAGAGAUAAAACAUCUUUAUGCAGCCAAGUGCACACUCAACGUGCCUCUUUGUUACUAAAGUUCUGCGACUUCUUGGUAUAAUAAAAUCUUUGGUUUUGAUACGAUCAAUUACCAUUAAAUUUUUAAAUGAUUUUAAAUAUUUGGUUAAGUAAUAGCACAAUUAAAUUUGUUUCAAUUUCUAACUUUUAAAAGUUUAUUUAUAGGUUUAUUAUCUUUAUAUUUUAUGACGUUGAUCUCUUAUUCCCCUUAUUAAAUUUUUUGAUGAUUCACAUUAUGAUACGAGAAUAGUUUUACCUAAGUUAAUCUGAUUGUUUUACAUUUUUUAUGAUUCAUUCGUUUUUGCUAUAAUAUUAUCUAAACUCGAUUUUACAAUAAUCAUGCCCAUCACUUUAUUCUAUUAUUGAAAAAAAACAUUUUGCUGUAACUAAAUAGGGUGCUGAUCAGUUAUACAGAAGUUGAUAAAUUAAUAACAAAAGUUAAAAACUAUAUUAUUAUUAUACCGUUGUUAAAUUCUUAAAUGACCAGCUCGGAAAGUCAAAACUGAUUUCACUACCCUAGACAUCAUUUUAUUUUCAUAAUGGAAUCAUGGUUAUUCC